AUGGCCUCCCUCGUAGACACGCCCACCACCCGUCUAAGACGAACAUUUGCCUACCCCAACGACGACUCAGACUCCGACUCCCCCGAAGCAAUGGACGAACAAGAACAAGACUCCCUCAUCCAAACCCUCGCAUCCCAAAACGAAUCCCAAAACGAAUCCCUCAACCGCAUCCUCAUCGCCCUCCCGCUCCUCUCAACAAUCGCCUACCUCCGCCCGCUCUUCAACCCCGCCACCACAUCCUUCGCAGUGUUCUGCCUGACGUCCCUCCUCGCCACGGCGUUUCUGCUGUAUAAACUACCUCCCACCGAGACGGGCAUCGGCGUGAUCGAUGCUUGGGCCGGUGGGGGGAUUGACGCUGGCGUUGGCGUGCUCGGUCGUGCGCCUGUCGAGAUGCGUUCCCCUUUGGAGAGGACGCUGCCGUAUUUGAACCUCGGUCUGGUUGUUUUGUUGAUCCUCAUGGGCUUGGUAAGAGGAGAUGAAAGAGGAGGCGGAUUCGGAUGGGUCAGCAUGGGCAACGUGCCGGGGCUCGUCUACUCCGUUGCCAUAACAGCAAAAGUUGUCAUGGCGGGCGUAGAUCCGGAGAAAGAAUUAACAGGCCUCAAGUACGGCUACAAAGGUGCUUGA